AUGACCAACCACACAGAGGAGAUGAAAUUCUUUCUCAUGCAAUUCUGUGACAGCAAGCAACUCCAGAGUUUACUUGGCUUUCUGUUUCUGCUGAUUUACUUGGAGUCUCUUGCAGCAAAUUUUCUCAUUAUCAUCCUUGUCACCAUGGACCACUUUCUUCACACCCCCAUGUACUUCUUCCUGAAGAACUUAUCUUUUCUGGAUGCAGGCCUCAUUUCAGUCACAGUCCCAAACCUCAUUCUCAACUCUUUGUCCCACAGAAGUGUCAUCUCUUUCCCAGGAUGUGUGUGUCAGGUCUUGUUGGUGAUUCACUUUGUUGGAUCUGAACUUUACAUUCUCACAGCCAUGUCCUAUGAUCGCUAUGUGGCCAUCUGUCAACCUCUACGCUAUGAUGCCAUCAUGAACAGGGAGGUCUGCAUGCAGAUGGUAGCUGUCUCUUGGGUCCUUGGGAGUUUCUUUGGAAUCUCAUAUUCAGCUGGAACUUUCUCUUUGUCCUUCUGUGGUUCCAGAAAACUCCCACAGUUUUUCUGUGAUGUCCCCUCUCUACUGAAGAUUUCUUGCUCAAAGAUGCAUGUCAACAUUGAUGUUAGUGUGGCCACUGGAAUCAUAUAUGGACUUUUAUGCUUGAUGUCCAUUGGGUUGUCAUAUGUUUGGAUUUUCAGUGCAGUGCUGAGAAUGCCAUCAUUACAAGGGAGGUCAAAAGCUUUCUCGACCUGCAUACCCCAUUUAAUAGUUGUGACUGCAUUUUUACUGACAGGUGCCGUUGCCUAUUUAAAACCAGUUCCUGAUUCCCCACACAUUGUGGACUUUCUGGUGUCUAUUUUCUAUUCUGUGAUACCUCCAUCUUUGAAUCCUAUAAUAUACAGCCUAAGGAACAAGGAAAUCAAAGCUUCUUUACGUAAGUUUCUAUGGAAACUACAUUGUUGUAAGUGUUAUGAGGAAAACAAGAGAACUAGUAUCUAG